AUGCUUGAAUACCCAAUAACUCAUCCCUCCUCAUCUCUCCACCACCACCACCACUACACCCCGAUUCCCGCCACAUCAUCCGGCUCGCUUUCUGACGAAGAUCAACGUCAGAAGCCGACAAGCAAUUAUCGAUUGAUUCGACAACGAAUCGACGAGGACGAAGACGACGACUAUCGAGAAGGUGCCGAGUCGGCGACAAGUAACACGGUUCUACUCAUGGCUGACACUAUUACGUUUCCAUUUGAGUUUAAAAUCAUGUGUGUACCUUAA